AUGGCUCAAUCCAAGAACAUGAGCGACCUGACUCACGGCAAGAGAUUUGCCCUUUCGAUAGCCUUUUUCAAAACCCUCAUUUCAGGUGUGAUAUCCUCAAGCGCUAUUGUGCCAAUCCGUCCUUAUUCGGUUCGUUACUCUCAUGAAGCACGACCAAAUCCUUUUGCCGAUUUCAGCACGAUGUGGUGGCUGCUGGUUUUGUUGCCGGCAGCGGCAGCACUAAAUUAUCGAUGUCAGAACAAUCAGGUACUGGUUGUGCAGAGUUUUGGUAACGACACCAUCCGAAUGCACUGCCAACAGCUUGACAUGUGCGGAUACCAACAACUGCGUUGUGAUUACGAUGAUUCGCAGCCGCAAUGUGGUGGUCUGAUGAACUUCGUCGCUCAUGUUGUCCAAGCCACUGCAACGUCACCAGUGGAACACACAUGCUGCAAUCUGUACAACCCUCGUGAACCUCACACGAUUCCCACACACGUUGGUAACGACUGUUUCAUCUACGAGCUACCUGAUGGCUCUACACAUCCGAAACAGCCGAGCAGCCACGACGACACACCGUAUACAGUGCUGAAGAGCGCUUCUGAGAUCCCUGAGCACAUUGACGGUAUGUCUGGGUAUCGUCUACGCCUCUACCUAUUGAAGAACAAAGCCCCUCCCACGUUACUUGUAAAGGGCAUCGAACGAAGACUUAACGGAGGUGAAGUGAAAUGGACCGAUGAAGCUGGCGAAAAAGCCGGGACUGACGUCUUCACUACGGACGAGUUCUUCGUUUCGCCUGGUUCAGGAGGAAGCAAAACGACUGCUCGACCAGUUUCAGGAGGAGGAGGAGGAGGAUUAAAAGGAGGUGCAGCUGGUGGAGCUCGGCAGAGCCUCAGCGCUUCUGGACCAUUGGCAGGGAAAUCAGGAGCAAAGGAUACUGACGCUGGAAAGUCUGCAGCAUCUAAUGCUGCUGGAGGCUCUGCGGCAAAAGCCGCACUUGCCAGAGCGGCUGUCAAUCAAGGUGCAUCACAAACGCCUUCACCAACCACUACUCCUAAAGCUACGACGACAGCAAGGACUACGACCCGAGCUCCAUCCACAACUGCACGGAUCAGGGGAGCUGCCAACCUUGCUAAAAUGAACUGUUUCCCCGCGGAUGCCGUCGUAACGACCGUUACCGGACAAAAACGAAUGGAUCAAGUGGCCGUGGGAGACUUUGUGUUGGUACCGAGUGCUGGUGAUGUGCUGAAAUACGAACGCGUCGAGAUGUUCUACCAUCGUGAACCAGAGACACGAGCACAAUUCGUCGUAUUGUUCACCGCAUCAAAGAAACGACUCGCUCUCACUCCACUUCAUUUGCUUCCGUUCGGUGAAUGCCAAUCUAUGAAGAGAGAUCUGGAGAAGGCAGAUGGGGUAGACAAAUGGUUACGAGCAUCGCAAUUUGCUCACAAAGCAGUGGUUGGUGACUGCGUGAUGACGGUAUCUGACAGUGGAGAAGUUGUCGUUGAUCGGAUAGUCAAGGUAUGUCAGGUUUGGCAGCGGAAGACUAUCAUAAAAGAAAAAAGUACUUGA